AUGGAUUCGCGAAAGAGAAAACUACCGUCCCUCGGACUGGACAGGCGAGUGAGGGCUAGAGCUGAGCCUGAGCCAGAGCUGGAUGACUUCGAGGACGAGGCGGGCAGCAGUGCACCAAGUGAAGAGGACGUCGACGAGGAUCAGAUUGGUUCAGAAUCGGGCUCAGUAAGCGAAAUUGACUCUGAGGAGCCUGACGACCAUGAUGGACCGUCCAGCGAGGAGGAGGAAGAGGAGGACGUCUCUGUCGACGCAUCCAAAGUGUCCUUCGGGGCCUUGGCCAAAGCACAAGCAAUGUUGCCUCAAUCAGGGCGCCGCAACAAGAAAGCCGCUCAAGCGAAGGACAACUCAGACGGUGAAGACAACAACCUCUCUAGCAAACCAAAGGAUGUGCCUUCAAAGAGGGACAAGCCCCCGGCCCGAAGCAGCAAGCACGCGCCCAUGGAGAUGACCAGCAAACGACAGGUCAGCCGCAAGCGCGAGAUCAUUCCCGUCAAGAAACUCGAGGCCCGGGAUCCCCGUUUCGAUCCUCUCAUCACCAGCCGCUCGUCCUCAUACAGUAACAGCAGGGCUGAUGAGGACCGGGCCCGGAAGGCUUAUGCCUUCCUGGACGAGUAUCGGGACGACGAGAUGCGGCAGUUAAAGACAGCAGUCAAGAAGGCCAAGAACCCGGGCGAAAAGGAGAAAUUGCAGCGCACGCUGAUGUCGAUGGAGAGUAGAAAGAAAGCGAGGGAUAGGAAGGACAAGGAGAGGGCGGUGGUGGAGGAGCACAGACGGCGGGAGAAGGAGUUGGUGAAGGAGGGCAAGAAGGCCAAGCCCUUCUACCUGAAGAAAUCAGAGCAGAAGAAGCAGUUGCUGGUCAACCAGUUCACAGGCAUGAGCGAGAAGCAGCGGGAGAAGGCUAUUGAGAAGAAGCGGAAGAAGCACACGGCAUCUACAUGA